CCUCAUUUUACUCUCUUGUCAUCACACAUAUUUCAUUUUCUUCUCCCUCUUAUUUCCUUAUUAUAUAAUAAAGCUAGAGCCAGCAAACAACACUUCUCCCUAUAGUCAUGCUAACUUUGCAUGAAGACAAAGAAAAAGAUAAUCCAAAAGUAAUCACAAAAAAAAAUACAAAACUAAUUUUCUUUAUACAUAUAUAUUUAAACUUCUUUUAAUACUCAAAGGGGUUUUUCUCUAUUUUUGUUCUUUAUUUCAAAAUAAUAAAAUAAUUUUAGAGAUAUGGAAAAUUUGUCUAAUAAUGGUCUAAGCCAUCUCUUCAUGACAGUAUUUCUCCAUUGUUUCUCUAUAUUCAUGGUGAUUCCAUCCAUUACUGAUAUUACUAUGUCAGCCAUUUGUCCUGGAAAAGAUGAAUGCUCCAUUGCUAUAUAUCUCACCGGAAUUCAACAUACGAUAAUAGGUUUGGGAUCACUAAUUAUAAUGCCCUUGUUGGGGAAUCUAUCAGACACUCGUGGAAGAAAAGUAAUGCUCAUGCUCCCUUUGACCCUUUCUAUCUUCCCUCUAGUGAUAUUGGCAUACAGCAGGACAAAAUACUACUUCUAUGCAUACUAUGUCCUAAAAACUCUGGUUGCUAUAGUUUGUGAAGGAAAUGUUCAUUGCCUUGCUCUUGCCUACGUGGCUGAUGUUGUUCCAGAGAAUCGUCGAGCCUCUGUCUUUGGAGUCCUAUCAGGCAUUGCCUCCUCUGCUUUUGUCUGUGGAAAUCUCUCUACUCGCUUUCUCUCCGUGGCUUCCACUUUCCAAGUUGCUGCAAUAGUUGCAAUAAUAGCUCUUGUAUACACAAGAAUGUUUCUUCCUGAACCUUUGGUAAAAGAUCAAAUUUCUACUAAAGGAAUUGAAACAAUUUGUCUAUUGGAAAAAGCUCCAAAGAAUAAAGUCCAAUUAUUCAAGACAUUGCCUUCUUUCAAUGAUGUGUUAUGUUUGUUAAGGAAUAGCUCCACAUUAUUACAUGCAGCUAUUGUUUCUUUCUUUGCCCAUGUUGCACAUGUUGGACUUGAUUCUUCUCUUCUUUAUUUCUUGAAGGCUCAGUUUCACUUCAACAAAAAUCAAUUUGCUGAUUUGUUGAUAAUAUCUGGUAUUGCAGGAUCCAUAUCACAGCUUCUUCUAAUGCCCAUAUUAGUUUCUGCUCUUGGAGAGGAGAAAUUGCUCUCUGUUGGACUCUUAUUUAGUUGUGUUCAUAUAUUACUUUAUAGCAUUGCUUGGUCUUCAUGGGUUCCUUAUGCUAGCGCUUUGAUCUCCGUUAUGUCUAUUUUCGUGAUGCCUUGUUUGAAGAGCAUUGCAUCCAAACAAGUUGGUCCAAAUGAACAGGGAAAGGUUCAAGGAUGCAUCACAGGAAUAUGUUCCUUCGCGAGUGUAGUUUCUCCGUUAAUUUUCAGUCCUUUAACAGCUUUAUUUCUGUCAGAUCAUGCACCUUUCCAUUUCCCAGGAUUCGGAUUAGCCUGUGCUGCCUUUGCUUUCAUGAUAGCCUUCAUUGAGAGCUUCAUGAUAAGUUCAGCUUGUCCUCUAAUCAGUUGCAGACUAAGCAAUUCAGAUUUCGAAGAGCCUUAAAUUCGACAUGGAGUAGGUUUAUGUUGUCAAUUCGUUGAGCUUGGCUCGCGUUGUACAGGAAAAAACUCGAAUUACUGCAGUCUCAAAGAAAAUUUGUUUAGAUUUGCUUGUAAUGUAUCUAUCUAAUGAACAUGUACUAGGAAGUGUUUGUUUCUACUUACAUUCUAACAUGACUUGAACCGUCAAUCUACUGAUUGAUGAUAAAUGUGUUCGAUCAACCA